AUGCAAGAAGUUUCUAUUUGGUGCAAUCUUCAACACUCCAAUAUUGCUGAGUUCAUUGGAGCUAUAAAGAAGAAGAAUAUGUCAAAGAUUAAAAUUAAAUGUCAAAAAGGUGCAAAAGUACUAGGAAUAAAUGGAUAUUGUUGCAUAGUUGUGGAAUAUGUUGGUGGAGGUACUCUUCAAUCCUAUCUUUCCAAACAUACAAUAUUGAAGAAGAAAUUGCCUUUGGAUACAACUAUACAACUUGCAUUGGAUGUUGCUAAAGGGUUGAGUUACAUUCAUUCCAACAAGAUUGCUCAUAGAGAUGUGAAGACUGAAAAUUUACUAGUUGACAAAACUGGAAGAGUGAAGAUAAUUGAUUUCGGAAUCUCUAGUAAGUUUUAUUCUAUGGUUGGAACAAGUGGAACUAUGGGUUAUAUGGCUCCUGAGGUUUUGAGUGAUUCGUCAUAUGAUCAUAAAUGUGAUGUCUACAGCUUUGCAAUUUGCUUGUGGGAAAUGUAUACUUGUUUAGAUCCAUACCCUGAACACAUUUCUCAUAGUAAAAUCUCACAUCAAAUUUACAAGGAUCGAAGGCCUGAGAUACCAAAAUGUUGUCCAAGAGCAUUGUCAGAUAUAAUGAAGAAAUGUUGGGAUGUAAAGCCACAAAAUAGGCCAGAGAUGAAGGAAGUGGUGCAAAUGUUAGUAGCCAUUAAGACAAGAAGACAACAACAAUAA